AGUCUUCCGACCGCACUAUCCCUCGCUCUCAUCGCUGAAGUCUACACUUCUCUUCUGCAAAAUGAUGAAGCUGGCGUUAGUGCUGUGUGCCGUGACUGGCGCCGCCCUGGCCGCUCCUGCCGAAGACACCAGCGUCCAGAGGUCCAAGAAGGCUGUCGACCCCCUGAUCACAGGGGCAGCCUACAACCCGUACUAUUCUGGCGUGGCUGGCCGCUACUCCGCCCUGGGCUACACAGGAGCCUACCCACAUUCGGCAGCCUACAACCCCUUGACUGAUGCCUACCCCUACACAGCUAAAACCUACCCCUACACAGCCAAAACAUACCCCUACACAGCUGGAACAUACCCCUACACUGCUGGUACCUACCCCUACACAGCCAAAACAUACCCCUACACAGCUGGAACAUACCCCUACACUGCUGGUACCUACCCCUACACUGCUGGUACCUACCCUUACACUGCAGCUGCCCACCCCUACACCGCUGCUGGCGCCUACCCCUACACCGCAGGGAUAAACGGUUACCCGUACACUGCUGGGGCUUACCCACAUUCUGCUGCCGCUGGAGUUCUCCCCUAUGCUGGAUAAGAAAGAUGGACCGUUCUGCAAAUUCAUUCUGACAAUGUUCUAGUGCCUUCUGUGUCACUAAUAUUGUAUAGUACUGGCUUUAAUACUUCAGUAGUCAAAUAAAAAUAACUGUGGAGAAAUUAAA